GAUCUCUAUCCUAGGAUUCCCGAUCUACAUCCGCUUUGCUACAUAUCCCACAUUGUCCUGGCCACUGACAGCGCGUGUCCACCACCAACCACCACCCACGCACGCACGGUGCACUGCACCACGCUCUACCACUCGCGUGGCGUUAUCUCCGGUACUUGACCUUAUCAGCAUCAAAGCUCACACAUCUGCUAUCCUCCGCACAAAGUCGCCGGCAAACAAACGUCACUGUCGCGUGUGCGCCUGUCUCUAGUCUCCGUUGUCAGGGACCGACCCAGGCUUCAGGCUUCAGGGGAUCUUGCUAGGCGUCACCCCGCCGCCUGCUGGCCCCCCGAGCGGGCGCAGUGCUGAUAUCAAUCGAUAUCUACGUACCUACAUAGUGCCCAGGUCCCUUUGCCCAACAUGACCCAUAACAACAAUUCCUCGGUCCAGAGGACAGCGCCGAUACCCAUCGCUCCCAAGCCGCCCAGGCCUGAACCAGCCACGCACAGGCACCCCAACAGCCUUCGUCGCUUUGAGAUAGGGCCACCGAGCCUCCAGGGCAGGGACGCUGUCUCCGUGUCGGCGCCUGCUAACCCCAGCCACGGCGGCGCCGCGUCGCUACCGCCCUGCCGGGCCUGCGCGUCGACGAGCUCACGGUGUAUCCCGAGCGAGGACGACGAGGGCUGCAUCUCCUGCCAGGUGAAUGCAGCCGAGUGCUCGCUGCUGUCGUCCGCGCAGUCCAGCCCGCAGUCCCGAAAGAGGAAGCUCAACGGCCAUAGGUCAGAGAUUAGCAUCAAGAGAAGUUCCCCAGGCACGCCCACCCGGCGAAGGAACCACGCUGCCAGCCUGUCCAGCACGGCGGCCAGCAGCUCCUUUCUGGAGGACAUGGCCAAUGUCGGUGGCCCGACCAUGCUCAAGAGGACGCUGGGCCUCCAGGCGGAUCGGUAUAGCCAGUACAUUGGCCCCACCACGGACUUUGAACCGUCGCUCAUCAACCUCUCGUCAUUCGACCCCCAGGACGAGAGUCUCUUAUCGCGCGGCACCCUCCGCAAGGUCAGUGACGACGACACCUUUCUGAUGCUGCCCGACCACAGCACACCUGGGCACGAGCAUCUCACCCAGGACCUGGACGACAUUGAGACCCUGGUGGCGCCCCACGGGCGCAGGCUGAUCGAUCUGUACUUCAGAAUCGUCCACCCCGGAUUCCCCAUCAUCCAGAAGCAUGUCUUUAUCGAGAAAUACGAGCGCUCGUAUCGCGAGUUCUCGCCACCCAUAUUGGCCGCCGUCUACAUCUUGGCCAUCAACUGGUGGGAGCACGAUGAUGUCCUCGCCCACAUACCGCGCCCCAACGUGAGGGAGCUGGAGAGGCUGAUCCGCACCACCUUGGCGGAUGCCGUGUACAGACCAAAGCUAUCGACAGUCCAAGCGGGACUAUUACUGUCGCAACGACCCGAGGGGGACCAAUGGGCACCCACCGCACAGCUCGUCGCCAUUGCGCACGAGCUCGGGCUACAUCUGGACUGUUCAGGAUGGAAGAUACCACCGUGGGAAAAGGGUCUGCGGAAGAGACUUGCGUGGGCGCUGUACAUGCAGGACAAAUGGGGAGCAUUGGUCCAUGGCCGGCCGUCACACAUCUUCAGCUCCAACUGGGCCGUGCAGAGCCUGACGUCCAACGACUUCCCGGAUGUGGAGUGGGACGAGAACGACCUGGAGGAGAAGCAAGACAUUGAGCGAGGGCGGCUCAUCUUCACGCGCGCUGUUCAGCUGUCGGACAUUCUGUCCGAGAUCCUCGACACCUUCUACACGCUCAACGCGAUGCAGACGGUGACAGAGGCCGGCGCGCAGGGUGCGCCUCUAGUCCUGUCACUUGCGAAGCCCAUUCAGCUCAAGCUGAAGGAAUGGUACGGCAACCUGCCCAACAACAUCCGCAUCGAUUCGUCGUCAGCAUAUUCGUCGCUCGCCGCCACAGCGCACCGCUUCACAAGCGUUGGAUACCUCCACCUGGCGUAUUUCGCUACCGAGAUCACACUCCACAGACGCAUCAUCAGGUCACUGGCGGCAACGGCCUCGACGACGGACCCGUACGUACAGAACAUCUGCCGCAGCGCAGCCAAGGCGCGCCUCAUCUCCGCCAUGGACUUUGUCAACAGGCUGGGGCCCAUGCAUCUGCGGUCGUUCUGGUACUUUGCCUCCAAGACCAACUUUGCGCUCAUUGGCACAUUCGGCUCCCUACUUUGGGCAACAUCGCCCGGGCGGGAGGAGGCAGAAUGGUAUCGCCGGCGUCUGUCGGAGUACAGGUGGACAUUGUCCGUGAGCUCGAAGCCCGGGGAGGGCAGGGGCCUGACCGACUUCGCCAUGGGCAUGCUGGACAUUUCGGCCGGUUUGCUCAAGCAGCUGCCCGAGAAGCCAUCCAUGAGCCGGAAUGGCAGCGCGGUCGACUUUGGCGGACCCUCGGGACCAGCCUCGUUCUCGGGCCCGGGGAGCAUACUCGACAACUACAGCAGCAAUGUGGCGAGUGCCGAUGUCAGCGGCGUGCAGAGUCCUAGAAGCACCCGAUACAGCAGCGACGAGGAGGAGGACGAGGAUGAUGAAAUGGAAGACUACCCUCGCAUGAGGUGACCGGCGUUUCGAGGAAUUUUCUGUUCGGCACGUUGAGUGCGCGCGGGUUGGCAACGCUGACACGCAUCUAUUUGGAUUGGUUUUGGGCCUUUUUCUCGUCUUCUUGGCAGGCGACCUGAUUUUUGUCUGGGGUAUUAUAGACUGGUCCUAUUUACGAUUGCCACGAAUUUCUGGUAUGGAUGAUGAUAUAUCAUAGGCGGCGCGGCGCGGCGCGGGCGGGGGGAGCAGUCUAGUCGCUGGCAACGGUGCAAUACUUUUUUUUCUUUUAGUGUCAUCGAAGCUAUCAU